UUCCUGCUUAGAAAUAGGUGUUUAGAAUCAAAUCAUUCGGCAUUCGAAAAUUUGCUGCUGCGCUACCAAUUAUUCCAUUGUUAGUUUUCCAUAUUUUUUUUUAACUAGAACGACAAAAUGUCACUCAGAGUGUUUUCCCGUAAGUUUUCUGCUGGUAGGCAAUUGCGUGCUAUUAUGGAUGAACAGUUCACUGCCGAUAAACUUAAGUCCAACACUUCGCCUGAAGUCCUCCAAGGUUUAGAAUUGUGGAAGAAAGUGACCUUUUUUGUUGGACUACCAGCAUGUCUGUUGGCWAGCAUUUACUGCAUCAACGGACAUUUAGAACAUGAAAAACACACAUCGCGACCAGAAUUUGUGCCAUAUGAACAUUUGCGCAUCAGAACCCGGCGAUUCCCGUGGGGUAAUGGAGACCAGACUUUGUUCCACAACCCAAAAUUGAAUGCUACCACUCAUGGUUAUGAAGUAGAUGAAUAAAUAUGAAAUUUUAAAUGUAUUUGUAUUACUUAUCUGUAGUUAUAUAAUACCAAUUUAAUAAAGUAAAUGCUGGUUCUGUAAAAUAAAAAGUUACUCCAUUAACUUUAUGUAUAUCUAAUGAAUAAAUGAGACCUUUCUGUAGAAUUAA